AUGCUCAACCUGUUCUUGACGCUCUCGAACAAGGCUGUAAUGCAGAAGGCGAAACUGCCUUGGCUGCUCACGGCACUACACACUGGCACGACCGCGAUAGGAUGUGCCUCAUUGCUGGCGAUGGGACACUUCGAGCUGACAAGGCUAGCGACGAGAGAAAACGUCAUCCUCGUGGCUUUCUCAAGUCUCUUCACACUGAAUAUUGCCAUAAGCAAUGUGUCGCUUGCUCUUGUCUCUGUACCAUUUCACCAAGUCCUCCGUUCCACAACUCCGAUUGCUACACUCCUUAUCUAUCGGAUAUUUUACGCUCGAACAUUCUCUCAGCAGACUUAUCUCACCAUGAUACCCCUGAUUGUUGGUGUUGCUUUGGCAACAUAUGGCGACUACUACUUCACUGUCUAUGGCUUCUCCAUGACACUUCUCGGUGUCGUUUUGGCCGCACUCAAGGCCAUCGCCAGCAAUCGUCUGAUGACAGGCACACUGAAGCUCUCGCCUCUGGAGCUGCUUUUCCGCAUGGCGCCACUCGCAGCAGUUCAAUGCCUGUUCUAUGCCUGGGGAAGUGGGGAACUCGCGAGAGCCAGAGAAAUCAUCUCGACCGACAACAUCUUCACGCCAUAUUUCUCGAUAAUCUUGGCUACCAAUGCCGUCGGAGCUUUCGCCCUCAACAUCGUCUCAUUCCAGACGAACAAAGUUGCAGGAGCACUCACAAUUUGCGUUUGCGCCAACCUGAAACAGAUCUUGACUAUUGUACUUGGAAUUGUUCUCUUCAGUGUACAGAUGACAUUGCUGAAUGGAGUUGGGAUGGCUAUCACCGUUGUUGGAGGAAUAUGGUAUAGUAAGGUGGAGCUGGACAACAAGCGAGCAAAGGCUGCAAGCGGCGGCUCAUGA